AUGAACUUGCCGCCCGACAAAGCCCGGCUGCUGCGCCAGUACGACAACGAGAAGAAGUGGGAGCUCAUCUGUGACCAGGAAAGAUUUCAAGUGAAGAACCCUCCACAUACAUACAUCCAGAAGUUGAAGGGCUAUCUGGACCCAGCCGUAACCAGGAAGAAAUUCAGAAGACGAGUCCAAGAGUCUACUCAAGUACUCCGAGAACUGGAAAUUUCUUUAAGAACGAAUCACAUCGGAUGGGUCAGGGAGUUCCUGAAUGAAGAAAACAAAGGCCUGGAUGUUCUGGUGGAGUACUUGUCCUUUGCACAGUAUGCAGUCACGUUUGACUUUGAAAGUUUGGAGAACAACGUGGAAAAUUCGAUGGACAAGUCCAAACCUUGGAGCCGAUCUAUCGAGGACCUGCACAGAGGCAGUAAUUUGCCCUCACCGGUUGGCAACAGCGUCUCCCGCUCCGGCAGACACUCGACUUUACGGUAUAACACCUUGCCAAGCCGAAGAACACUAAAAAAUUCCAGAUUAGUGAGUAAAAAAGAUGACGUUCACGUCUGCAUCAUGUGUUUACGGGCCAUAAUGAAUUACCAGUAUGGAUUCAACAUGGUCAUGUCACAUCCACAUGCCGUUAAUGAAAUUGCACUAAGUUUGAACAACAAGAAUCCCAGGACAAAGGCCCUUGUCUUGGAACUUUUAGCAGCCGUUUGCCUCGUCAGAGGAGGGCAUGAAAUCAUCUUAUCUGCGUUCGAUAACUUUAAGGAGGUGUGUGGAGAGAAACAGCGCUUUGAGAAGCUGAUGGAGCAUUUCCGAAACGAAGACAACAAUAUAGACUUCAUGGUGGCCUGCAUGCAGUUCAUCAACAUCGUGGUCCACUCGGUGGAGGACAUGAACUUCCGAGUCCACCUGCAGUACGAGUUCACGAAGCUGGGCCUGGAUGAGUACCUGGACAAACUGAAACACACGGAGAGCGACAAGCUGCAGGUGCAGAUUCAAGCUUACCUGGAUAACGUUUUUGACGUGGGAGCUUUACUGGAGGAUGCUGAAACCAAGAAUGCAGCCCUGGAAAGAGUUGAAGAACUGGAGGAAAACAUUUCCCACUUAUCAGAAAAACUCCAAGAUACGGAGAAUGAAGCCAUGGCGAAGAUUGUGGAACUGGAAAAACAACUUAUGCAAAGAAACAAGGAACUGGACGUGAUUCGGGAAAUCUACAAGGAUGCAAAUACCCAGGUUCACACCUUGAGAAAAAUGGUGAAAGAAAAAGAAGAAGCCAUCCAGCGCCAGUCAACGUUGGAGAAAAAGAUCCAUGAACUGGAGAAGCAGGGAACCAUUAAGAUCCAGAAGAAGGGCGAUGGUGACAUCUCUAUCCUUCCCAUUGCUCUGGCCUCUGGGAUGGUGCCGGCAGGGUCAGAAGCUGUGGCUGGCACAUGUGUCGCACCGGUUGCUGGAGCUGCAUCUUCAGUACCGUUGCCACCACCUCCACCACCAUUACCCGCCUUAGCAGCGGCAUCUGAGGCAGUGCAAAACGGUCCUGUGUCAAUGUCGAUGCCGCCUCCACCGCCACCUCCGCCACCACCUCCACCACCACCGCCACCACCUCCUCUCCCAGGUCCGUCACUGGAGACGGCUCCCGCGGCUCCGCUGCCUCCACCGCCGCCGCCGUCGGCACCCCCCCUGCCCGGGACAGCCUCUCCCACCGUGGUGUUCAACUCAGGGCUUGCAGCUGUGAAAAUCAAGAAGCCGAUCAAGACCAAGUUCCGCAUGCCGGUGUUCAACUGGGUCGCCCUCAAACCCAACCAGAUCAACGGGACGGUCUUCAACGAAAUAGAUGACGAAAGAAUCCUGGAGGAUUUAAAUGUGGAUGAAUUCGAAGAAAUAUUCAAAACAAAAGCCCAAGGUCCAGCCAUUGAUCUUACUUCAAGCAAGCAAAAGAUAACUCAGAAAGGGUCGAACAAAGUCACGUUACUGGAUGCCAACAGGGCCAAAAAUCUUGCCAUUACUUUAAGAAAAGCUGGAAAGACGGCAGAUGAAAUAUGCAAAGCCAUUCACGUGUUUGACCUGAAAACGUUGCCGGUGGAUUUUGUUGAGUGCCUGAUGCGGUUCCUGCCCACCGAGAACGAAGUGAAAGUGCUGCGGCUCUACGAGCGGGAGAGGAAACCCAUCGAGAACCUGUCCGACGAAGACCGGUUCAUGAUGCAGUUCAGCAAGAUCGAGAGGCUGAUGCAGAAGAUGACCAUCAUGGCGUUUAUAGGCAACUUUGCAGAAAGCAUCCAGAUGCUGACCCCGCAACUUCACGCCAUAAUAGCUGCAUCUGUCUCAAUAAAGUCAUCUCAGAAGCUUAAGAAAAUACUGGAGAUAAUCUUGGCUCUUGGAAACUACAUGAACAGCAGCAAACGAGGAGCUGUGUACGGAUUUAAACUGCAGAGUUUAGACCUGCUCCUCGAAACAAAGUCAACAGACCGAAAGCAGACCCUGCUGCACUAUAUCUCAAACGUGGUCAAGGAGAAGUACCAGCACGUAUCCCUCUUUUACAAUGAACUUCAUUACGUGGAGAAGGCUGCUGCAGUGUCUCUUGAAAACGUCCUCUUGGACGUGAAGGAGCUGCAGAGGGGCCUGGACCUGACGAAACGCGAGUACACUAUGCACGACCACAACACCAUGCUGAAGGAGUUCAUCCAGAACAACGAGGGGAAGCUGAAGAAACUUCAAGAUGACGCCAAAAUAGCCCAGGAUGCCUUUGAUGAUGCUGUGAAGUACUUUGGGGAGAAUCCCAAGACGACACCCCCCUCGGUCUUUUUCCCAGUGUUUGUCCGGUUUGUGAAGGCCUACAAGCAGGCAGAAGAAGAGAAUGAGUUGAGAAAAAAGCAGGAACAGGCCUUAAUGGAAAAACUUAUGGAGCAGGAAGCAUUGAUGGAGCAACAGGACCAAAAGUCUCCUUCGCAUAAAACCAAGAGACAGCAGCAAGAGCUGAUUGCGGAGCUCCGGCGGCGGCAAGUCAAGGAUAACAGGCACGUGUACGAGGGGAAGGAUGGUGCUAUCGAAGAUAUUAUAACAGCCCUAAAGAAGAAUAAUAUCACUAAAUUUCCAAAUGUUCACUCGAGGGUAAGGAUUUCUUCUAGCACACCGGUGGUGGAGGAUACACAGAGCUGGCAAGCAUCACUUUUUACUUAG